AUGCAGAAAUAUGAAAAACUUGAGAAGAUCGGCGAAGGUACCUAUGGUACUGUUUUCAAAGCAAAAAACAAAGAAACCCAUGAAAUCGUAGCGCUUAAGCGUGUUAGGUUAGACGAUGACGAUGAAGGGGUACCAUCGUCCGCUUUGCGCGAAAUAUGUCUACUUAAAGAAUUGAAGCACAAGAAUAUAGUUCGGCUAUAUGACGUGCUGCACAGCGAAAAGAAACUGACCCUCGUGUUCGAACAUUGCGAUCAGGAUUUGAAGAAAUACUUCGACAGUUUGAAUGGCGAGAUAGAUUUAGAUGUUGUGAAGUCUUUUAUGUACCAGCUGCUGCGAGGAUUAGCUUUUUGUCACAGCCAUAACGUACUUCAUCGAGAUUUAAAACCGCAGAACUUACUGAUUAAUAAAAAUGGCGAGCUUAAGUUGGCAGAUUUUGGCUUGGCUCGGGCAUUCGGCAUCCCAGUGAAGUGUUAUUCAGCUGAAGUAGUGACCUUGUGGUACCGGCCACCUGAUGUUCUUUUUGGCGCUAAAUUGUAUACUACUAGCAUUGAUAUGUGGUCUGCUGGGUGUAUAUUUGCAGAACUAGCCAAUUCAGGCAGACCUCUAUUCCCAGGGUCUGAUGUCGAGGAUCAGUUAAAGAGGAUCUUUAAGCUACUCGGCACACCCAAUGAAGGCACAUGGCCUGGAGUCACUCAGCUGCCUGACUACAAGCCCCUCCCAGUGUACCAACCAAGUCUGGGCCUUGCACAGGUUGUGCCAAGACUGCCGGCGAGGGGCAGGGAUCUGCUAGCCCGACUUCUCACUUGCAACCCAGCAUUAAGAAUGCCUGCUGAUGAUGCAAUGGCACACGCUUACUUCCAUGACCUCAACCCAUCUGUCAAGAAUGACCGAUGUUAACAAUCAAUACAUCCAUACAAGUGUACCUCGGAACUGCUAUUUUGUGAUAAAAACAAAGAUGAGGUACAGGAGUGUUGUGAUGAUGAGACCUAAAGAGACUGCAAUGAUAAUAUAUUGCCGUGUUUAUAUAAGUAUGUGAACCUAGACGUUAACAGUUUCUUUGAGUUUUCUAGUCUCGCUCUGGGAUUAUGUGUAACUAAAAUUGUUUUGUAUAGAGGAGACAUUUGUAAGUCUUGUGUGUGGCUUGCUGACUUCACGUGGAAGGGAUAAAAAUAUCAGACAGUUUAGAUGAUAUAGUGAUAUCAGGUCAGGGGAUAGUGAUGUUUGUUAUACAAUAAUAUAAAGAUUAGAUUAUAAAUGAUGCAUUUAUUUGCAUUGUAAUGACUGAAAUGGAAAUUUCAAUUAAAUAAUAUUAGUAAAGAUAGUCUCAGUAACCCAGCUGGAAUAACAAUAAAUGUUUUCACAUUUAUAUUACUCUUAAUAGAAUUGUGAUAGAUGUCAUUUUACAGAGAAUUUUCAGCCACAUAUUAUUAGUUACCAUUUUAAUGAAAAAUAUUGUUUCAUUUACUUCACAUCUUACAUAUUUUGAAUCUGUAUAAUUUUAUUUUGACUUCUAAUUGUUGUCCUAUUCAAGUGAUUAUUGAUAUUAACAUGCGUCAAAAUACAGGGGGAUUUUUAAAAGGGGGAUUCAGGUAAUUAGCACAGAGAAAUUUUAUACCAAUUACUCACAUUUUAUGUAACCUAAUAAAAGAUUAUUUGUCAUUUUUUCACUUUGGCCCUUAUAAAGAGGUGUUGAAUUCCAUAUAAGUAUUAUUGGGUAGUCAUCUUUGCAUUGAUUACUUGUAUUUUUCAUUCUAAAUAUUGAUCAAAUAUCCUUAGUAGUUAAGAAGAGUCUUUUAAGACUGAUUUUCUGCAGCUACAGAAAUUAGGUAACUAUGUGCUUUUACAGCCAAACCCCAAAAAUCCAUUCUUUGUAAUUACUGACUCAUGCAUACACAUGUUCAAAGUAUAUAGUAUGUCGCGUACUUGAUUAACAAGCGAUACAUAUGGCCAUGGAGCGAUUUAACGAGCUUACAGAAAUGCCCGGUUCAUGCUUUCUACUGGGUAAAAAUAUAACAAAACUUGAUUGGUCAUUGAUCUCACAAUUUAUUAAAUACAUUUAAUAUUUGUGGAACAAUAAUAGGCCUAGAUUUAAUAUCCAAUAGAAAUGUUAACAUUGUUGUUUAAUUUAUUAUAUAGCUUAUAAUUAUCAUGUAAUAUAAUUUAUCGUUGUAUCAUAAGUUCGUAUUCGUCGUAAUGUUAAAUAAGCCAAUGUUUUAUAAAUACGUAAUAAACAUUGUAAGUCCGA